ACCAUUUUCAACCCACAAAAAUCGAGUUGGAUUGAAUUUCCAAUAAAUUACUCAAAAAAUAGUCAAAAUCAAGCCUCAUCAACUUUUUUUUUUUCUCCUCUUUGAUUCUUAUUGAAAUGGCUAGGUUGAUGAAGAAUCCAAGAAUUUGUGCUAUUUUCUUUCUCAUUUUGGUAUUGGGGGAUUUGAGCUCCAAUGCUGAAGCUAAGGCAUUCUUUGUGUUUGGAGACUCAUUGGUGGAUAAUGGCAACAACAACUACUUGGCCACCACUGCGAGGGCGGACUCGCCGCCCUACGGCAUCGACUACCCGUCGCACCGCCCCACCGGCCGCUUCUCCAACGGCCUCAACAUUCCCGAUAUCAUCAGUGAAACAAAUGGAUGGGAAGCAACAUUGCCAUACCUGAGCCCAGAGCUUACUGGGCAGAAAUUGCUGGUUGGUGCCAACUUUGCUUCUGCUGGAGUUGGAGUAUUAAAUGACACAGGAAUCCAAUUUGUGAACAUUAUUAGAAUAUAUCAACAACUGAACUACUUCAAACAGUACCAGCAGAGAUUGAGUCAAAUCAUUGGGCAACAAGAGACUAAAAGACUUGUGAAGGAAUCACUAGUCUUGAUUACUUUAGGUGGAAAUGAUUUUGUCAACAACUAUUAUUUGGUGCCUUUCUCCAUCAGGUCUCAGCAGUAUUCCCUUGAAGACUAUGUGCCAUAUGUCAUUUCCGAAUACAAAAAAGUCUUGCAGAGGUUGUACGAACUCGGGCCCCGACAGGUUCUUGUGACGGGGACCGGGCCGUUGGGAUGUGUCCCGGCAGAAUUGGCCCAACACAGCAGGAAUGGGGAAUGUGCAGGUGAAUUGAUGAGGGCUGCAUCACUUUUCAACCCUCAAUUGGUUCAAAUGAUUAAUGAACUCAACAACGAAGUUGGUGGGAAUGUGUUCAUUGCAGCCAACACCAAUCAAAUGCAUCUCGACUUCAUCUCCAACCCUCAACAAUUUGGAUUUGUAACCUCAAAGAUAGCAUGUUGCGGACAAGGUCCGUACAACGGGUUGGGUCUCUGCACGCCGCUCUCAAACCUCUGUCCGAACCGAGAUUUAUACGUAUUUUGGGAUCCGUUCCACCCAUCUGAACGAGCCAACAGAAUAAUAGUCCGACAAAUCUUGACCGGAUCCAACACCUACAUGCACCCGAUGAACCUUAGCACGAUCUUGGCUAUGGAUUCACGGGCCUAAGGAAAAAGCCUGGUUCUAGAGGCUAUUUUUGGAGGCAUGGAAAUUUCAAAAAAUUAAAAUUCUAUGCCUCUAAAAAUAGUAGGUUCAAUUUAUUUUUCAUUUUCGUUUCCAAAACUAGCCCUUAUCAUCACGGGCCAACUUCAAUUGUACCCUAGUUAUAAUUUGUGUGCUUUUCUUUUCUUUUAAUUAAUUUGUAAGGAUAUAUUAUGGGCGACUUUUCGGAAUAAUUCAAUAUGAAUUUUCAGGAAAUUGUUUUUCUGAGUGAAAUUUCUUUUGGGUUA